AUGGUGAUCUCGGUCCCCAGCCACCGGCGCACCAUACGCGACGCAAUGCUCGGCGGGGGCCGCCAGCUACACAAGCCCCUUCGAUGCGCCUUCUACGACGGGAUUCCCGGUCAAGGCCUCGCCGCCGCGCUCGCCGAGGCCACUGGGAGCGUAUCCCUCUCCCGCACGCCCGCCACUGACGGCAGCGUCGGAGGGAAGGCGGCGAGGAACGUGCUCAUCCUCAUGAGCGACACCGGCGGCGGCCACCGCGCCUCCGCCGAGGCUCUCCGGGACGCCUUCCGCCUCGAUUUCGGCGACGCCUACCAGGUGUUCGUCAGAGAUUUGGGGAAAGAGUACGGCGGCUGGCCGCUGAACGACAUGGAGCGGUCGUACAAGUUCAUGAUCCGCCAUGUCCGGCUCUGGAAGGUGGCCUUCCACGGCACCUCCCCGCGCUGGGUUCACGGAAUGUACCUCACCGCCCUCGCCUACCUCUACGCCAAUGAGGUGGUGGCCGGGAUGAUGAAGUACAAGCCGGACGUGAUCAUCAGCGUGCACCCUCUGAUGCAGCACAUCCCGCUGUGGGUGCUCAAGUGGCAGAGCCUGCAGCCCAAGGUCCCGUUCUUCACCGUCAUCACCGACCUCAACACCUGCCACCCGACAUGGUUCCACCACGGCGUGACAAGGUGCUACUGCCCGUCGGCCGAGGUGGCGAAGAGGGCCCUGACCCGCGGGCUCGACCCGUCCCAAAUCCGCGUGUACGGGCUGCCGAUCAGACCAUCCUUCUGCCGCGCCGUGCUCGACAAGGAUGAGCUGAGGAAAGAACUUGGCCUGCACCCUGAACUACCCGCUGUUCUGCUGAUGGGAGGCGGCGAGGGGAUGGGCCCGGUGGAGGAGACAGCCAAGGCCCUCGGCCACGAGCUCUACGAUCACCGGAGACGCCGGCCGGCCGGGCAGGUCGUGGUCGUAUGCGGCAGGAAUCAGGCGCUGCGGUCCACCUUGCAGUCUCUGACAUGGAAGGUCCCUGUCAAGGUUAUGGGGUUCGAGAAGCAGAUGGAGAAGUGGAUGGGCUCUUGCGACUGCAUCAUCACUAAGGCUGGCCCUGGUACAAUUGCAGAAGCCUUGAUAAGAGGACUUCCAAUUAUUCUCAACGACUUCAUCCCCGGACAGGAAGUAGGGAAUGUGCCUUACGUGGUCGAUAACGGCGCCGGUGUGUUCUGCAAGGACCCAAGGGAGGCUGCGAGACAAGUUGCCCGGUGGUUUACCACAGAAACUGACGAGCUCAGGAGGUACUCCCGCAAUGCGCUGAAGCUAGCGCAGCCCGAAGCGGUGUUCGACAUCGUGAGGGACAUCCACAAGCUCCAGCCGCAACCUGCUGCUCUAACCCGGAUCCCCUACUCCUUGACCUCACAAUUCUCAUAUCAUAUAUGA